CAGUACGUGGCACGGAACAGGACGACUUGCCGCAAACCCGGCCGAACAAAUGUUCGUCGGAUCCAUCAGUUGUGCUGCCGAGUCGCGGUAGGAAGGACAGUGACUGGAGUAGAGGGUUGUCUGUCCGAGCUGAAGCAGGACCAGGAUACUGGUCUAGAUGAUGGAAAAACAGAAAGUGUGGGUCCCAGACCCCGUGGAGGGGUUUAUUCUGGGGACGAUUCAAGACAUCGGACACAACGGAGAAGCUACAAUUCUUACUGCAGAUUCCAAGCGCUCCAAAGUCACCUGCAACCUGGAACAGAUUUGCUAUGCUGACCAGUAUGAUCAAAUGGAUGUUGAAGAUAACUGUUCCUUAAUGUAUCUCAAUCCAGCAACUCUACUAAACAACGUUCGUGCCCGAUACAAGAAAGACAAGAUUUAUACAUAUGUAGCCAACAUUUUAAUUGCUGUGAACCCAUACUUUGAAAUUAAAGACUUAUAUUCUUCAAACACAAUCAAGACGUAUCAGGGAAAAUCUCUGGGUGUUCUUCCACCUCAUGUUUUUGCUAUUGCUGACAAGUCGUUUCGUGACAUGAAAGUUCUGAAGCAGUCUCAGUCAAUUAUAGUGUCUGGAGAGUCUGGAGCAGGGAAGACAGAAUCAACCAAGUACUUGUUACGCUACGUGUGUGAGCUUUGGGGAACAACUGCUGGGCCUAUUGAACAGAAAAUCUUGGAUGCAAAUCCUGUCAUGGAAGCAUUUGGCAAUGCCAAGACAACACGUAACAACAAUAGUAGUCGUUUUGGCAAAUUCAUGGAGGUACACUUCGAUAACCGUUGCCAGGUGGUUGGUGGAUUCAUCUCCCAUUAUCUGUUAGAAAAGUCGCGUAUCUGUCGACAGAGUGAACAUGAACGUAACUACCAUGUUUUCUACCUCCUCUGUGCUGGUGCACCUGAAAAACUUCGGGAACAGCUCAGCAUCACCAAGCCAGACGACUUCCAUUAUUUGAACAGUGGAUGUACCCAGUAUUUUACUACCGGCGUAUCAGAGAAGAAAUUGAACAAUAACCAAAAGAGUCGGAGUCAUCUAUCAAAGGGAGGUCUUCGAGAUACCAUGUUAGAUGAUGUAGAAGAUUUUACUAAUAUGGAUAUGGCUUUGAGCCGGUUGGGUCUGGGUGAAGGUGAGCGACUUAACAUCUACACCAUGGUAGCCUCAGUGCUGCACUUGGGAAAUGUUGCAUUUGAAGACAACCCUGAGGACACAAAAGGUGGAUGUCAAGUAUGUGCUGGCUCUGAAAAAUCCCUAUCAAUAGCAUCCAAACUGAUGGGAGUGGAUCCAGGAGAGUUACGGCAAGCGCUUGUGUCCAGGGUCAUGCAGUCGAGCCGUGGAGGUCUUAAAGGCACAGUCAUCAUGGUUCCGCUGAAGGUAUAUGAAGCCAACAAUGCCAGAGAUGCUCUUGCCAAAGCUGUUUACAGUAAUCUAUUUGAUUACAUUGUUCAGCGCAUCAACAAAUCAAUACCUUUCAAAGCAUCGAGUUACUACAUUGGAGUGCUUGAUAUUGCUGGAUUUGAGUAUUUUACACUUAACAGUUUUGAGCAGUUCUGUAUCAACUACUGCAAUGAAAAAUUGCAGCAGUUUUUCAAUGAGAGGAUCCUGAAGGAUGAACAGAAUCUUUAUCAGAAAGAAGCCUUGCAAGUCCCAAAGAUAGACUUCAGAGACAAUCAGGACUGUAUUGACUUGAUAGAGUCAAAGGGCACUGGAAUUUUUAGCAUCCUGGAUGAGGAAUCAAAGCUCCCAAAACCCAGUGCUGAACAUUUCACGAUGGAAAUUCACCAGAAAUGGAAAGGACACUUCCGAUUAGCUCUUCCAAGAACAUCACGGCUCAAAGCACAUCGUGGCACUCGGGAUAAUGAAGGAUUCAUGAUCAGACAUUUUGCUGGAGCAGUCUGUUACAGAACUGGUCAGUUUAUUGAAAAGAACAAUGACGCUCUCCAUGCUUCAUUAGAAGGUUUGAUUCAAGAGAGCAGGAACUCAUUCCUUCAAAGUUUGUUUGCAUCAUCAUCCAACAUGAGCCAGCAGAAGGGCAAACUAACUUUCAGCAGCGUUGGAUCAAAGUUCAAAACACAACUAGGAGAGCUGAUGGAUAAGGUUAAGAGUACCAGCACAAAUUUUAUACGUUGUAUUAAACCAAAUCAGAAAAUGGUGGAUCACCAGUUUGAUGGAGGUUCAAUCCUGUCACAGCUGGAAUGUUCAGGCAUGACAAGUGUUAUGGAGCUGAUGCAGAAUGGUUUCCCUUCCAGAGUUCAUUUCACAGAUUUGUACAGCAUGUAUCACAAAUACUUGCCACCAAAACUGGCAAAACUGGAACCUAGGGUCUUCUGCAAGGUAUUACUGCAAGCAUUGGGGAUGACAGAGAAUGAUUACCGUUUUGGUGUGACCAGAGUGUUUUUCCGACCAGGCAAGUUUGCAGAGUUUGAUUCCAUCAUGAAAUCUGAUCCAGAGAACUUGGCUAGUAUGGUUACUAAGGUCCAGAAAUGGCUUCUCAUAUCAUGGUGGAAGAAAACACAAUGGUGUGCCCUAGCUGUCAUUAGAUUGAAAUACAGGAUACUAUACCGAAGGACAUGCCUGAUAACAAUUCAGAAGAAUGUUCGCAUGUUUCUUGCCAAGAGAAUUCAUCAGCCAAGAUACAGAGGCAUUACAAAAAUAAACAGUUUGCAGGCAAAACUAGCUCAGAUGGAGACAUCGAUUGGCCAGCUGAAGAAGGACAAACAGUCUAGUUUGUCAGAGCUGAAAAAUUUACAGGCAGAUAUGACCUCUGCUGUACAGAAAAUUAAGAGAGAUGAGAAGAUCAAACCUACAGAGGUGGAUAAACUGUACACACGCCUCCUGAACACCACAAACAGCCAGAUGAAUCAGCUUCAGAAGAAGGUGCAGGAACAAAAGAAUGCUGAAGAGCAGGAACGAUUAAGGAAGAUGCAGGAGGAGAUGGAAAAGGAGAAGAAACGGAAAGAAGAAGAAGAGAGAAAGAAAAGAGAGGAAGAAGAAAACAGGAGAAAAAAAAUUGAAAUGGAAGCUCGUCGUAAGGCAGAAGAGGAACAGAGGAAGAAGCAAGAGGAAGAAGACAAGAAAGCAGCUGCAGCUCUUCAGGCCCAACUAGAAAAGGAAGCCUUGGAAGAUGCUCGUUACCGAGAGCAGUUGGAACAAGAGAAGAGAGAUCACGAGCUGGCUUUGAGGCUUGCACAGGAAACCAAUGACCAACUAGAAGAGAUGUCUCCACAAGAAAAUAGGAGUAGGUCAAGCUGCACAGAGAUAAGGAGCCAGCCGCCCAAUAAGCUGAACAGGUCAGAGCUGGUAAGAUCUGUGCAGGCAGCACAGGGAAAACAAAAAUAUGACUUGUCGAAAUGGAAAUAUUCAGAACUACGUGAUACAAUUAACACAUCAUGUGAUAUUGAGUUGCUGGAGGCAUGUAGAAUUGAAUUCCACCGUCGACUGAAAGUGUAUCAUGCUUGGAAGGCUAAGAAUAAAAGGAGAACAACCAUGGAUGAAAAUGAACGAGCUCCUCGUUCAGUUAUGGAUGCAGCUGCUAGAGUUCCACGUGCAGUCGUUAAGGCUCCAAUAAACACAAGUUCACAGCGGUAUUUUCGUAUUCCUUUCAUCCGGGCAACAGUGUCUAAUAACUCAGCGGGAGGAAGUGACUCUACUGCAGGGAACAAGCGAGGCUGGUGGUAUGCCCAUUUUGAUGGACAGUAUGUAGCCCGACAGAUGGAACUACACCCUGACAAACCUGCCAUCCUUCUUGUAGCUGGUGUUGAUGACAUGCAGAUGUGUGAACUGAGUCUUGACGAGACUGGACUCACAAGGAAACGUGGUGCUGAGAUUCUUGAACAUGAGUUUAACAGAGAAUGGGAACGACAUGGGGGGAAGGAGUAUGUAGCACCAGCUAACCGUAAGAAGUAAACGUUACAGAAAUGUAAGAAUAGCCGAUUUAUAUGUAUCCAAAAUGUUAAAUUUUGUAUUCAAAUAAUGAUGGAGAUUUGUCUCCUGAAAUUAAAUGACAGGUGAUGGAGCUGGUACAAAGGAUGGAAGGAAGUUUAACAUAGUUCUUUGUCUUUCAUUCUCAGAGGUAAUAUAAAAUGACAGAAAUAAACUGGAAAAAAAAGUAUGUUAGAUUCUGUUAAAAAUAUGCUGUUUAUAUGUAGUGUGUUGAAUGCAAUUUAAGAUAGAAAUGUCAAAAGUUAAUUUCAAAUAAUGAGGUUGGAUACACUGCCAAAAUCUUUGGAUGGAAAGGGCACAACUGAACUAUAUUGAUAAACUAGGUGAUGGCUAGUUUGGUUGGUAAGUUGGCAGUAUGAUGGCCCAUUUAAAUUAAUUUAUUCAAACAAAUCUAUAAAUUCUAAGUGUAAAUCUAAUUGUGCUAUAUCUGAAAUAUUUUAAUACACUUCAAAGCAAGCCUAGUCAUCCAUGUUCUUGUGUGUAUAUAAAAUAUGCUUGGAAAUUUUAAAAAAAUAAUCUAACAUGAAUAUAAUCACAUGAAAGGACAACAUAUACCCCGCAGCGUACUGUUUGUCAGUAUUAAGUCAGGAGAUGUCAUCUACAUUUAUUGGCCUGGGUAGAGAACCUGUUCAAAUAUGCAGCUUGUCUGAGAAUUACUGCACAAGAAAUACUUGUCAUCUGACAAGGAAGAGAUUUUUUAUCUUUCGAACAAGCUUAAGCAUGGCUUAGGGCUUAAUUUUUGGGUACGGUUGGGAUAAAUUUCCACUGAUAUUGUCUCAUUUAUUCCCCUAACCACUAUUACAACUGUUUAUAUUUAUACCAGUGAUGAAACAGCUGGACGUUAAUUUUGUUAUGUUUUAAAAUCACAGGGAUCAUUCCAUGCCAUUUUGCCAGUUGUGCAAAACUGGACAUACGUUGUGAAAUUUAUUUCUCUGUAUUUUCAUUCAGAAUAACUUGCUUAUGAUUAGAACUUGAACAUAAAUGGAAAUGAGAUGUAUACAUAUUACUUUUUUGUGUCUGUAUAAAGUUUGAGAUUGUAUGUGGGUCUAAGUGGCGCAAUAUAAAAUAUUAUUGUGUUAAUCAGUGAAGCAGUUGCCAAUCUUUGUAUGGCAUAUUUAAUUUAACUUAGAGGUAUAUUUAGGAUUCCACAUGUGAAAAAGUACCCACAAAUAUCCCAGCGUUGUAACUACAGUACUGUUUUCUUCAAUAACCGUAGUUUUAAAAAGAGGAGAAUUAUAAUUUCAGACUUGGGCAACUUUAAUCAGCCGAAUAGCCUUAUAUUAUGCAUUUGUCAUUGUGUCCUUAGUCAACUCAUUAAUCGUGUUUGCUACAGUGGACUUUCUAAUUGAAAUGACUAACAAAUUUCAAACACUUCAGGGAAUAAAAAGUUAUUUAUAGCAACUGUUAUGGGAAUUAGAACAUUGUGCCUUAUACUAUUUGUGUUUCUUAAAAACAGAACAUACCAGCUUUCAUAAUGCCUCGGGAAAGAACUAAUAUGUAACCUAUGGCAGCUAGAAUGAUGGAAAUUCUGAAUACGAGGUGUCCACAGUCAGUAUUCUUGUAUCACCACAUUAAUGCUAAAAAUUGCGCAGGUUCUGUGUAUUUUGUAGAAACAUGUGAAUGAAAGAAGUGAAAGAUUUUUUUUGUCAUAAUUUAUAUUAAAGAUAUUUUUGACAUUAUUCUGUUUGUGAUUUGUGUAGAUUAAUAAAUAUUUUGAAAUUGUUUAGGAAUAAGAAAAAAAUAUUAAUUGUAGAGAUAUUCACCCUUUCACAAUACAUUAAAUGAAGAAAUACGCAAGAAUUUAAUGUUUCACAAAAUACUUAAUUUCCAUACAAAUUAUUAAGAAAAUGUACAGAUUCUGAGCCUCUGUAAAAUUCUCCAUAGUUACCUGAAAGGUAUGUUAUUUUGUAAGUGCAUAAGCUUUAAAAGUAGUCACAGUGUGCUUUGCUAAUAGAAAUUGCAAUAUGUUACUUAUAAAUUUUAAAUAAAAUGGUAUUAGCAGAAAA